AUGCGUCCAGCUUUGGAAGCGAGCUCGAGAAGACCUCCAAAGCAAAACGCGGUGCGCGCAGUCGUCAGGCGACCACCACUCGCCGGGCUCGGGCAGCGCCAAAUAGUCGCACCGGCACUGAGGCGGCGAAACCCUCGACAGCGACACGACAUAUCGGCCAGCGACUGGGCACCAAAGCCAUGGCACCGCUUUCUAGCAAAUCAACGGACGCUCAAAAUACCCCCGCGGCGGUUGUCCAAUCACGAAUGGCAGCAGGGGGUUUUCGCGUCGGCCUGUCUCGGAGCGCGCUCCUCGCAAAGCGAAGCUAGACACCUGCGGCUUCCAGAAACCGACCCGACGAAUUUCCGUCGUCCCAUUCGUAAAAACCCCAGGAAUAGCAUGGCACGAGAACCCAAGCUCGUUCCUGCCACGAGAUCCACCGCCCAGUGUAUGAACAACGGCACGCUUUCCUCGGCACGAUACGUUCUCCAUGCGCUACAUCGUGCAAAGCGGUUGCCGUACGUGGCGGCAAGCAUAUGCCUAGCACGCUCUACAAGUUACCGUACGCAAACCUUGCUAGUGCACGAGCAGAUGCUCAGACCGUUCACGCUGACGCGUUCGUGCGCGUCGCCGUGCGGUAAGGACCAACGCCCGUGCUCAGCCAUUUACAGUAAAGUCGCUAUCCAAGCACGCAUACACCGGGUUGCUCGUAAAGACUCGGGCGCGGCCGUUGUCUAUGACUCGAUGUCGUGUGACUCCGUCGCAGCAGGCGCACGCAGCCUAAACGUUCUCAUACCAGUGCACACGGAAAGUUAUAAAGGUUUCCUAUGGAUAUUGACCGAGUCGGAAAAGAAUGAGCGAACACCCGCGCUGCAAUUCGUGAAUACUCGUGUAGCUCGCUCUCUAGAAAGGUCAGCGUUCCAAAACAAGCACCUCAGUCCUGAACGGAUGACGUGCCCUUAUCCGCCAGAUUUCGCGGGGUUGCAGGAUUCGCCCCGCAUGAGCUCGCUUCGCACCUCAUUAUUUUUUCUCUCAUCUCGCGAGCAGGCCAUAUGGAACACCUCGACAGCAGCCCUCAGACCGGUACGCGUGCCCGCACCAGCAGCGCGCUUCUCCAGGCACGAGCGGUGCGCCGGCAACUGCGCGCCGGACGCCUCACGAAGCCAGUCGGUGACGCUAGUCUGUGCUAUUCGGGACAGAUCGUGCGGGCGGGUGUCUUCCAAAGUCACCCGGGUCAGGCAGGUUACCCAAGUGAUCUGUUUUAGCACCACGUAUCGCAUUUCCAGCGUCCACGCUGUCGCUCGGUUCGGACCUCGCGAGCAGCAUCGAAACGCGUUGGCGCUUCGGUGA